AUGGUUCUCGAUAUAAUAACAGCCACCACCCUCUGCCCCGCCAUCAUUGCCACCAAACUCUCCAUCGAAGGCGGUACCCGGCGCAACUGGCGAGACGGCAACAAGAGUCUUCAUUUAGAGGUGUUUGUCAAGUUUCAGGGGGUGGGGCGGUAUAAGCGCAAGUUUGAGGGGGCUAGGGUUGUUUUGAUGGGUGGGAAACUUUACAUCGAGCAUGCCGAUUCGCAUUUCGACCCCGGAUCGAUACAGCCGCUACUGGGACGGUUCCAGCCUUCACGGGAACAUCAAGAUGUAUGGGACAAGACGGGGCAUAAAGGUGAUCUGUUCACAUCCCCCGCGCCCACCUCUUCUUCUUCUUCUUCUUCGCCCUCCCUGACCACUUCCACAUCCCCCGACGACGCUCCAUCAUGCGUCUACGUCGACCACAACACCCACGAACUAAAAUACGGCUCCCCCUCCCUCUCCUCCACCCACCUCCCCGGCCCAUGGUCCACCACCGACGUCCAGAAAUGGCUCUUGUUUGAAGGCUGGGAAGGCUGGGUCGUCGUGCAGGAAGACGAAGAGCGGGACUUGUGGGCGCUGUAUUUUGAUCGGAGCGAUGAUGGCUUGACGGGGGAGGGGAAAGUGGGGGAUGUGGAGAGGGGGAGAGGGAGGGGGGAGGGGAGGAGGAUGUUGUAUGUGAGGUUGGUUAGGAGGGAGCCUGCGAGGACGUUCGGAAAGCAGCGGGAGGAUGAAGAGGAGGGGAGGAGGAGGGAGGCGGAGAUGGAGGAUGAUAGGAGUUGUUUGUAG